CUGUCGUCAACGGCUGUGGCAUCAUCUCCUAUUUGAGCUUAUCUCCAACAACAUGCAUUUCAGCUAGUUUCUGGGAAAUGUCCUCUUGCUUCGAGAAGCAUUAUUUAAAUUUCCUCCCCGACCCGAUGAAGUGGUUUUGGACCCCACCUUCGCAAGUCACAUGAUACAAAUCACAAAUCAUAACUGCCACUCCAACAUCAUGCAGGUAUUCCCAACAGCUGCAGAGACCACCGGGGAGAGCGUGCGGAAAGGGAAUCGAGUUCCUAUAUCUUGCACGGAGUGUCGAAAGAGAAAACAAAGGGUAUUCCUCAAUUUCAAUCACAGAUGUUGUCGCAUUCUUACUGGAUGAUGUGCAGUGCAACAAGGAAACGCCUUGUAAUAACUGUUCGAAGAGAUAUCCGCCUCCGAUUUGCAGAUACGAAGAUGUCAAAUCCGCAGGAUCGCACCAAGACGAAACGCGGGCUGUUGCCAGUGUCACUGGUGGAUCUCACAAACUUGUUCGUAGCCAAUGGGCCUGAAAAUCGCCAUACGGACACACGGAUGAACCCUCCUCCCCUCCAUACCAGGCCUCUGAUACAAAGUGGAAAGAUUUUCUCCGGGGAAGCGAGUUGUGCAGAAACAGGCAGCCAACUACAAGGACGUGGAAGGGCUCGGAAAUCUACAACAGAAGAGCGAGAAGUCUCUAAUUACGUACGAUUCUGCUUGAAUCCCUACCUCCUCCCUCGGAGGGGACUUGCCUCUGCAUACGGCUGCCCAGAAGCGUUUGACGCUCCCCUUCCAAUUAUCAUUCAACCACUGCCCCCAAUUCCGAUUCCAAAUAAAGGGCGUAAUGCUGAGCUAUUCCAUUUCUUUCAUAAUGUACUUGCACCAUAUAUCGGCGCUAUCGAUGGACUUGACCAGCCAAAGCUUAUCAGAGAUGGCUACCGCCCUUGGAUGGCGAACUCUCCUUUCAUGGCAUACACGGCGAUUCUUUCUUCUUCUGGUUAUCAAGCUGAGGCCCGACUCCUCGAUGUCUCAACACAUGUGGAAACAAUAGCAAUCAAAGUGGAGAUCAUCAAGAUCAUCAAUGAAUACCUCAAAACUAGCCUCGGGACGUGGUAUUAUGGGGACAAAAACAGCCAAAUAGCUCAUAUGCAAGGGCUACAGCAGAUGCUCAGACUACGCGGCGGUCUAGAAGGCAUGCAGCAAAAUCCGGCACUCUACGCUCUCCUCGUAAUCACCGACUACCAAAUAGCAUGCACCUGUGAGCGCGAGCUCUCCUUACACAACACCACGCAUUCCGAUCCCCUCCCCGCACUAUUUUCUUAUCCAUUGGCCAUGGAGUCACCCCUGCUCCAAUCCAACAUCCACUUCAUCGAUAUCUGUCAAACGCUCGAUAUCAGCAAAGCAGCGGCUGAAAUUCUGGACGAUAUGCGCUUCCUCACUUGCUCGAUAAUCGCCCUCUCAUCCCCCUCUGCCGCCUCCAGUGAGACCAACGCGCAAGAGACCAUAAAAACUGUCACCACAGCCCGCUGGAUCCACGACCGCGUCUCUGCCCUUCCAUCGAUUUCCACCCUGAAUGAAGACUCGCAGAAUCCUCUAGCAGCAGACUUCAUCUACGAAUGCAUCCUCAUCGCCUCCACCAUCUACUCCUCUGCCAUCCUACACCGCGUUCCUUUCUCCUCCGCGAAAGUCUGCAGUCCGGCUCACCAGCAAGCUUUCUGGACAAACAUGACGCGCAUCCCGCUCUCGAGGUGGAAAACCGUGUCGGGGAUUUAUCUGUGGCUUUGUCUGGUGUUUUGCCCUGCGGCGGAGUGGACGGGGUAUGGACGGUUCCUGAAGAGCAUGGUGAGUACGACGUUGACGUAUAUUGGGCUUGUGGACUGGGAGGGGAUGAGGGUGUGUGUGGAGGGCUUUCUAAGGGUGCAGAGGUGGUUGAGGGGGGAGGAAGGGAGAGGGAGAAUUGAGGGGUAG